AUGGACGCGGAUAAACUGGAUAAACUUAGUAAGGAAGAAAAUGAAGAAACAGCUUUAAGAUUUAGCGUUGAUAAUAUACUUCGGCCCGAUUUUGGAAAGAAAGCUAUUUUAAAUACAAAAGGAACAGAAAAAAUCAGCUUAAGUGUGCCCACGUACCACAAUUCCACAACAUCUAUUCCAGUUCCACGUGAUCUUACUGUGAGCACAUCGUCGGUAAACACAAUUAACAAUAGGUUAUCCCCACAAUCCUCUCAUAUUUCGCCUCUUGUGAAUCGGGAAAGGGAUUCUUCUUGUCCGUCGCAUUGUGGUCUCAGUAGAAGUGGAAGCGUAGAAAGUCUGGUUAGUCUGGCGAGUCUGGCAAGCAAUAGGAGCUCAGUGACAGGUAGCUCUAUCACAGGUAGCACUCCUUCCUUGAGUUCGGUUUCUUCUACUGUCGGAACCGAAUCGGUUAGCGGUGAAAGUGCGACUACUAACGUCAAUAACCUUACACAAAAUGGAAACAAUGGAACUCUUUGGCCUGCCUGGGUCUACUGUACGAGGUACUCCGACAGACCCUCUUCCGGGCCAAGAACGAGAAGAGUGAAACGUUCACAAGGUGGUCCAAAGAGUGGAUCCCCCGAGGAGAAACGACCAAGAACGGCAUUCAGUAACGAACAAUUGUCAAGACUUAAAAAAGAAUUUGCUGAGAAUCGAUAUUUGACUGAGAUACGAAGGCAACAACUAUCGAGGGAUCUUGGAUUAAACGAGGCACAAAUUAAAAUAUGGUUUCAAAACAAGAGGGCUAAGAUCAAGAAAGCCAGUGGACAGAAAAAUCCAUUAGCUCUACAGUUGAUGGCCCAAGGACUUUACAAUCACUCAACUGUACCGGUCGAUGAGGAUGGCGAAGAAAUUGUUUCACCUCAAAAUAAUUCACAGUGAAAAGGAAAUAAAUAUAUAAAAAAUUUAUAAUUGGAACAAUUUUAGAGAUACUGUCUC